AUGGAAAGGUAUAUCUAUUGUGCCAUUUCCAUGAAAAUGUUCAGCACAUUACAACGGCAUAGGCACGCGCAUUAUUUGACAAUAUUCACCGCGUUGUUGACAACUAUAUAUCUACGAAAGUACACAACAGUAGAGGCGGUACAUAUCUCCAAAAUGAGGUUAUCCUAUAGGAGACCCAACACGAAUUUGCUUACCAUCAUCUGUAAUAUGCAGGUAAAUCAAAACCAUAGCAUACCUCCUAUUACACAUUUGACACUUCAGCCAUUGGCCCAACGGUGUCUGUCACCCCUUACACCCUGUAUAGUUGAUAAUGGUAAAUAUGUAAUAGCAUUCGCUAGCAAUAACAGUAUUGUUGGGAUUUGUAAUAAUACGAAUGAUUACAGGGUUAAUAAAUUGCAUAGUGAAGAAGAUGACGACAAAACUUUUGUCUCCGGGCACUACAGAUUGGUUUCUUCAGAAAUUAUGGAUUAUUUGUACCGUAAGAGGGUUGAAUUUGUCGAGCAUCCACUAAAGUUUACACUAAAAUAUUGUCCUUUUUGCCCUCCUCACAAAUUCAAAUCUGACAAUUUGUUUAAACAUGAAAUUUUUAAAAACACAGGCAAUUCUUAUUGCCACAGGUGCAAUUAUCGAGGCAGUCUAUUUGAUCUCAAAAAGGCAUUUGGAGACUUGGAUGGUUCACUAUUUUCAUCUUUCAAUAGCUACCAAUACAACGUAUCUCCUAGUGACACUAACACUCAAAAUUUGAGUGAGAAUGUAAAUAUAUUCGGUAUGGAUAGUGUUAUAGAGUAUGUGGAUAAUUUGUUUAAUCCAAAUUUUGCAGAUGUACUUGAUUUUCUAACAAAAAAAAGGGGAUUGACUCCGGAAAUCCUAAGAAAGUAUUUUGUAGGUGCUGGCGAAUUUGCCUUUAAUACCAUAAUUACCACGCCCAUAGGCAUGAAAAACUCUAACUCUUUAUUAAAACCAAAAUCAACCCAAGUGCUCCAUAAAUGCAUUGUUUUCCCAUGGCUUACCAGCACCAAAUCUGGGUUAUCUGUGGAACGAAUAAAAAUACGCAGUAUCGCAGAUAAGUCUAAAAUGAAAAUUUUACCGCCAAACGGCUCUUGGGGUCUAUUUGGUGACCAUCUAAGAAACGACAAAAGCGAAGAGAUAGUUCUAACAGAAGGAGAGAUUGAUGCGAUGAGUGUAUACCAAAGUACAGGUAAGAUAGCACUAUCGUUUCCAAAUGGAGCAAAUUCACUGCCAAUCCCAGUGCUUCCACGGCUGGAGCCAAUUGAAAAGCUCUAUAUUUGGCUGGACUUUGACGCUGCUGGGCAAAAUAGUGUAGAUCAUUUUGCCAAUAAAUUGGGUUUGGGCCGUACGCUGGUUGUUAGAGAAAUUGACUUGCCAAAGAUAAUUGAAAAACAAAAUAUCUCAAAUGCAAAAACAAAUGUUUCAGAUCAAUCGCUGGAUAAAAUGGUAAUCAAAGAUGCAAAUGAUGCAUUAAUGCACAAUGUAGAUCUAAAUUUGUACCUAAAGGCAGCACGUCAAAUAUCGCAUUCUCAAAUUAUGAGUUUCAGAGAUUUACGUCAGCUUGUAUAUGAAGAGCUUAGCAACCCGGCCUCGACCUGCGGCAUACCAUGCCUUACAAUGCCAGGGAUUACUGAGCUGACCCGAGGCCAUAGGAGGGGAGAGCUGUCGGUUUGGACCGGACCUACUGGCGCUGGAAAAACAACGCUACUCUCGCAGUUGUCAUUGGACUACUGCAUACAGGGUGUUUCAACCCUUUGGGGAUCUUUCGAGAUCAACAAUGUUAGACUUGCCAAGAUGAUGUUGCGACAAUUUUGCGGACGAAAUCUUGAGAAAGAUUUGGAUCAAUUUGAAUUUUAUGCGGAUAAGUUCCAGCAGUUGCCAUUAAAGUUUAUGAAAUUUCAUGGUUCAACCAGCAUUGAUCAAGUGAUUGAUGCGAUGGAUUAUGCGGCAUACGUGUUUGAUGUGGGACAUAUUAUUAUUGAUAACCUUCAAUUUAUGCUUUCUGGGCAACAGGGAAAGGCAUUGGAUGUAUGGGAAGUGCAAAAUAGGGCGAUAGAAAAGUUUAGGCGCUUCUCAACACAAAAAAACGUACACAUUUCACUAGUGGUACAUCCGAGAAAGGAGGCUGAUGGUGCCCCUCUGGGGUUAUCAUCCGUAUUUGGUUCGGUUAAAUCUACGCAAGAAGCGGACAACGUAUUUAUUGUACAAAAUGUAAUAGGCCAGCAUAGGUCAAUUGAUCUCAAAAAAAACCGUUUUGCCGGCAGAUUGGGCCGUGUGGUAUUUAAGUUUGACCCAGUGUGUUUAAUCGCACAGCAAAUAUCAAUAGAUACGGAUAAUAUGACAUCUAUGAGCACUGCCAGCCCGAAGGAUUCGGGCAUUCUCACAUCAACCCCAAACACCAGGUUCGAUCCCGAAAAUUUACCACCGCCUACACCUAAUGCUCUGGUCAAUGUCAACCCCUCGAACAGCCGCCCCUAUAAGACUGGAAACCAGCACGGUAAUGAACAAUCAUCAGGUCCGAAUGCAAGCGAUGCGGCAGACGGUCUGUUUAGCGGAUUUGCGACGAACAGCCUUGGGGGUAGGAAGGAGGGAGGAGGAGAGGUGGUGGAUAGCACUCAUAUAAAGCCGAUAAAUGCUGUGAACACCUCCGAAAAUAAAUCUGAUCCGGCGGUUAUAUAUGAUACCACGUCUACUAGUGAGUCAGGAAAUUCCCUGUCCAAUGAUGAUGAACAGGAACAAAAGACGACAGUUACAUUGCGUUCAGUGACCAUUGACGAAGGCUCUUCCAUUGCACAACUUAGGAACUUCAUAAAGACCAACAACCUAUCGGACGUGAUAAAGACGGCAGGCAAGGGUAUCAAGAAGGCUGAUAUUUUCCAAAAGAUUCUAUCCCACGUUCCUCCUUCAACUAUCAAAUUCGGUUUCCAGACACAGCAGCGUAGUUACUCAACUGUUAGUCGAAUGCCAAAAAUUUCUAACUAUCCCUUCACUGUUUCUGGCACUGUGCCCAUACUUGAUCGCCAGCUUGCCCAUGAAAAAUUUCCAGAUCUAUUUGACGCGGCUAUUGAUGAUCUAUACGUUUAUACACCAAAGAAGAGAUUGUCUGAGAAGUUUGCCGUAACAAACUUAUUAUAUAUUACCAAGGAAAAGCACAUACCAUCUGUGGCUAGGCUGCUGAUUGGUUGUGAUAUUUUGGGAAUUGACACCGAGACAACUGGGUUAAAUCCUAGACAGGAUUCUAUACGAUUGAUACAAAUUUCUACGCCCAAAGGCAUAACGGUGAUUUUUGACAUGCUAAAGAUAUCUCCAUCCGUUCUACUAAGCAGCGGUGUCAUACAACAGACGCUGAAUACACGCGUCAUGAAAAUAUUUCACAACGCUAAGUUUGACAUCAGUUUCUUAAAGAUCCUGGGUGUAAACCAUGAUCUAUCUCAAUUUGACUUCAAUCCCAUAUCUCUACCAAUAUUUGACACUCUAAUUGCCAGUAAGCUGGUUGAGGCUUCAAGGUUGGCAUACGGAUUCAAACUGGACCAAGUUUGUCAAAGAUAUCUGGGUGUAUACCUUGAUAAGACCCAGCAAUACUCAGACUGGACAGUGCCUGUUUUAAGUGAAGAACAAGUGCUUUACUCAGCUAGAGAUUCUGCUAUUAUUCUACCCCUAUACGAGUAUUUGAAGGAUAAAAUUUCCUGUAUGGGCCUAGAAACGGUAGCAGACAUUGAGUUUCGAUGUGUGCUGGCUGUCGUUGAUAUGGAAUUGCACGGUAUACAGGUGGAUAAGGGCAAGCUUGAUGGAUUAUGGAAGCAAUUGCACAUGCAAAGGGAUUUGGCUGAAAAAAAGCUCAAGUCAAAAUUGGGUAGUGACCUAAAUUGUAACUCCCAGCCACAGCUUGUCAAAGCAUUACAAAAUCUUGGUGUCAAGGAUAUAUACACCAAGAAACUAAUUAUGGAUACCAAUGAAUCAACCCUUUCGCGCAAUUCGUUCCACCCUGCAGUAUUUGCCCUGAGGGAGUAUCGCAAGUGGAGUAAGGCUGUUAAUGCGUUUGUUGAUAAGCUACCCAAUCACAUUUGCAAAUUUACAGAUCGUAUUCACCCUAAUUUCAACCAGUGUGGAACGGGCAGCGGUCGUUUCAGUUGCGAUAACCCUAACCUCCAACAGAUCCCCCGGGACGAUAAGUUUAGGGGCUGUUUUGUACCAAGGAAAGGGUACAAAUUUGCGAUAGCAGACCUCUCCCAAAUUGAACUUAGGAUUGCUGCGGAUAUAUCACAGGAUGAGACAAUGAUCAACGCUUAUCUAAAGGGCCAAGACCUACACACCCUCACUGCAAGUCUAAUCAGGGAUAAAAAGUUGGCUGAUGUUACAAAGGAAGAGCGACAGCUUGCAAAGGCAAUAAAUUUUGGAUUGUUGUUCGGAAUGACUCCAGUUACAUUCCGCCAAUAUGCCGAGUCAAUGUACAAGGUCAAACUCACGCUACAACAGGCAAAGACAUUCCACCGAUCAUUCUUCAACUGCUAUAAGGGGAUUACUCAGUGGCACGAGAAUAUUAAGAAUGAUAAACCGCUGCAAGUUAGAACUCUGACAAAUCGCUUAUCGAUUUUCGACGCAUUCUCUUUCACAAAGAGUUUGAAUUACCCAGUUCAGGGCACAUCUGCGGAUAUAAUUAAGGAGGCGUUGGCAAAUAUUAUUUUUAACGUAAAGGAUAUAGGGGGGAGGCUUGUUAUGUGUGUUCAUGACGAAGUUAUUAUAGAGGUGCCAGAAGAUAAGGCUGAUGAGGGAUUAAAGAUUCUGAUUAAAACGAUGGAAGAUGCGGGAAAUAAGUUUUUGAGGCAUGUGCCUUGUGUGGCCCAGGGAUCAAUAGGCACUUCUUGGGCUGAUAAGUAG